AUGUAUUAUGAUCCUAUAAAAAAGGAAAAGAAAGAGGUCGAAAAAAAAGGAACUGCUAAGUGGGAUACAAGAAUAGAAGAGGUAGAAAGAAGAACAUUAGAAGUCAAUUUACUGCCUCCUUUUCCUCCCAGUAUAGUAAAUGAAUUGCGGAAUCCUAAAAAACCUUGGAGAUAUGAAUUGGCUGCUGUAUAUGAAGGUUUAUCACGGAUCAGAAAUGAUGAAAUUGGAGUUACAAUUGCUUAUGGAUUACAUUGGUCUUGUUAUGGAAUAUUACAUGCCUUAAUUACAGUUACUUUAUUUUAUUAUGGUUCAACAUUAAUUAAAAUGACGCAAAAAAGCUUUAUACUAUCAGGUGUUAUACCUGACGGAAGUCGAGAAAACAAUGUACAAUUACGUUUCUUUGGCGCUAGUAAUGAAAAUUCUGAUCCGAGCGAAAUUACUAUGAAACAUUUAAAAUUAAUAAAAAAUCUUCGAAAAAUCACUCUAUUAUCUCAAUUAUAUUAUGCUCUUUGUAGUAUAGGGGUUCCUUUGGCUUGUAUCGGUAUAAAUUUUUGCAUUAUACAAGCAGAAAUCCAUCCAUCUGGUUUGAUAGAUACAAUAGCAGACUUAUCUAGUUACUACCAUAGUCAAUCUGAAUCUAAUAGUAGUGAAAAUCCUUUGUAA